UCGCUUUGGUCAGAACAGGGGAGGAAGGGAGUGUAGGGGGAUGAACAAUGAGGGCUGCUUAUUCCAAUUUCUGCCUGCUGAAUCCCCCAUGACUCAAUGGGCCAAAAUCAUGGGCGUGGACGUCAGAGCCGCUCUAGACUUGCCGCCAAUAUCCUUGUAUCAGAAAUUGAACAGCUAUGAGCGGGAUGAAGAGAUGCGUCACAUCUACAAGGAGCUCUCCCUGUUUCAAGGACACCUGCGUGAUCCUCUGAAGAGUGAACUCUCUACCUACAUUAGCAAAGAGGAUGCUGUGAAAGGUUUUAUGUACCCUUCCUUGGAAAAACUUCUAAUAAAAGAGCAGCUGCCAAGUGACAUUUAUCUAACUCCACUGCCAAGUCAGUUGGCCCUCUGGCAAAGAGCCCCUUCUGACAACACGUCUGAGGAGAAGAGAGAAAUCAAGUUGGAGAUGAAACAGAUAAAGGAAACUCCCAUGUCAACUCUAGUUGUCAAAUGGCCGACAAGGAACCUGAUGCCCAGACAGGACCAGCAUACGGUUAUCUGGGAACUGUCUAAAUUUGGACCAGUAGAGUCGAUAACCAUCUUGGGGCAGCACACAGCUCUAGUUGUGUUCAAGGAGCUGGUUUCAGCGUGUAAAGCCGUGUCCACCUUUCCGGCAAAUAUCCUAGGCAAGAGUUUGCAGUGUUCCUGGCACCACAAAUUCAUGAACCGAUACAAAAUUCUUCGUCAUUAGCCCAGAGAAUCCAAACCUUCAAUUUACUCCUGAAGACUGUUAGGUAAUUAUUUAUCUGGGUCCGGAGUUAAUACAGUAGCUGUAACAAAUUCAUAACACUGACAAAAAGACCACUGGGAUUUACCAACAGGAGCAAUCAACUGUA